AUGGAAGAAAAUACAAAUAAUAUAGACAAUGGGCAUAUGGGUGAUAAUAAUAAUGAAAAUAAUAAUAACAGUAAUAAUAACAAUAAUAACAACAGCAAUAGCAGUAGUUCAUUCGUAAAGGGUAGAAUUGAUUCUUUAAAUAAAUCAACAAAUGGUUUAAUUAAAAUUGGAAGGUCAGUUGAAAAUAGUAAUAACAGUAUUACAAGUGGUGGUAGUAGUAGUAAUUCUGGCGAAAUCAGUUCAAAUAAUAAUAAUAAUAAUAAUAAUAAUGGAAUUUUAAAAAAUAGUACAAGUGGUAGUAAAGACAAUACUCCACUUUCAGAAAGUUCAAUAAAUUUACGAAGUAUAAAAACAAGUGGUGAAAAUAAAUUAAAUAGUAGUAGUAGUAGUAAUAGUAAUAAUAAUAAUAUAGGCGUAAUUAAUAAAGGUGUUUCAACUAAUUUAAAAUCAAUAAUGAAUGCAUUAAGUUCAAAAUCAAGCGAAAAUUUAUCAAAUUUUAAUAAUAAUAAUUCAUUAUCAUCAUCACCACUAAAAGAAAAUCAAUUAGUUAAAUCGUUUGAUAAGAAUAUAACUCCCUCAAAAAAUAAUUCACCUAGAGCACACCUAAAUAAUAAUAAUAAUAAUAAUAAUAAUAAUAAUAAUAAUAAUAAUAAUAAUAAUAAUAAUAAUAAUAAUAAUAAUAAUAAUAAUAAUAAUAAUAAUAAUAAUAAUACAACACCAACAUUAAACUCACCAAGAAAUAAAAAUUCAAUAUAUAAUACAAAUAGUAAUAAUAAUAGUAACACUACAAAUUCAACACCAAAUUCAGCCAUAACACCAAAUAUUAUAGUUGAAAAUAAAAUUAAAGAGAAAAUUCAAUUGUGGGGUAUGUUAAAAUCAAAUUGUAAAAAAUAUAAAGAUAUGGAAUUAAAUCAAAUUGAAACAUCAUUUGGAAGAGGUUCAGCAGAUUAUAAUUUUGAUGAUGAAAAAGUAGUAUCUUCAAAUCAUUUUAAAAUAAUACUGCAUAAAACUGUUUUACCAUAUGGUAUUUCAAAUGGUAGUCUUAAUAAUUCACCAAAACCACUUUCAACAAUAAUACCGUCAAGUAAUACAAUAACAACAGCGACGACUAAUAAUAAUAAUGAUAAUGCUGAAUCAUUAACAACCUAUUCAGAAAGUUCAGAAAUUUCAACCGAUUCAACAGGAGUUUGUUCAUCAUCAUCAUCAACAUCUAGUACUUUAUCAUCAAAAUCAUCAUCAUCAUCAUCAUUUAAUAAAUUUAUGGAAUUUUUAUUAAUAUAUAUAGAGGAUAAUGAUAGUACAAAUGGUACUUGGGUUAAUGGAAAUAAAUUGAAUAGAGGUGAAAGAGUUCAAUUAGACGAUAAAUCAAAAAUUACCCUAUCAACACCAGAUUUUUCAUCAUUAUCAUUUACAUUCGAAAGUAAUAUUUCAUCAUUAUCUGAUGAAGAAAAGGGUAAAUUAUUAAAAGCAAUUGUAAUCUUAAAAGAUAGUUUAGAUGAUAGUACCAAUAGUUUUGGUAGUUCAACAACAACAACAAUAAGUGGUGGUGGUAGUGGUUCAUCAUCUGUUAAUAGUAGUGGCGGUGGUAGUGGUACAACACCAAUUAAUGUUACACCAAAUAGUAGUAAUGUAUCAGUAACUAAAAAAGUUAUUAAUAGGACACCAUCAUUUAAAAUGUCAAAUUUAUCAACAAAACCCGAAGGUUUCGUUUCAAUUUUAAAGAAUGAACCAACACUAAAGAAUAUUCAAUUACUUUUAUCAACUAUUAAAACAAGUGAUGAUCAAUGGAAAGAGAAUUUCAUUCAAACCGAUUGUAUUUUAAUGAUUGUCGAUUUACUAUCAUCAAAUUACAAAAAAUUAAGAUAUAAUGAAAUCGAUCAGGCCAUUGAUAUCGAAUGUUUAUCAAUUUUAUCCACAAUUUUUACUUGUUCAAAAUCAAAUCAAAAUGCAUUAAAACAACUAUCAAAAUCAAAUGAAUUAAAUUUUAAUGAUAUUUUUAUGUUAUUCUUAUUGAAUCAACAAAAUUCAAAUCAUUCAGUUAAAACUAAAUCACAAUUUCUUCAAUUUUUAAAUUCAAUAACUAGUAAUGAAAUUUGUCAUAAAAUGAUCAUUUCUUCAAUUGAAAAAAUACAUUCAAUUAAAAAAGAUAAAUUAAAAUUUAAAUGGUUAGUUGAAAGUAUGGUAUUUGAAUCUGAUUUUCAAUAUAAAUUACAAUCACUUACUUUAAUUAAUUCAUUACUUUCAAAUUGUAAAAAUCAAACAACUCUUACAAAAAUAAAAUCAGAUUUACAAUCAUUAGGUAUUGGUAAAAUUAAUGAUCUUUUAGUAUUAGAUUCUUCAAUUAAAGAAAUGUCAAUUCAAUUAACAAAAUUUAAUAAUAAUUUUAAUUCUUCAUCAUCUUCAUCAUCAAUCUCAUCAAAUUCAAUAAAUAAUUCUCAAAAUAAUAAUAAUAAUAAUAAUAAUAAUAAUAAUACAAAUAAUAAUAAUAAUAAUAAUAGUAAUAAUAAUAACAUUAAUAAUAAUAAUAAUAAUUUAAAUACUCGAAAAAAUAAUUUUAAUUGUAAAACUUUAAAUUUAAAAGAUCCAAUAUCUUUAGUAUUGUUAUUACAAAAUGAAUUGAAAUCCAAUUUUUCAACUUCAGUUCCAACUUCACCAACUUCAAAAAAUCCUUUAAUUACUUCAAAUAAUAAUAAUACUUCAAUUGGUAAUAAUAGUAAUAAUAUAAUAACUUCAAUAUUAACUGAUUUAUAUAAAAUUGCAAAUAAUAAUAAUAACAACAAUAAUAAUACUAAUAAUAAACCAAAAAUGGAUUCAAAUUCUGCUUUAACUUUAUUAUCUGAUUUUUCAAAAAUAAUUUCAAGUUCAAUAUCAAAUGAACAAGAAUAUCAAAAAUCAAUUCCAGUUUUAGAAGAAAAGAUUAAAAUAUUGAUUCCAAGUUUUAAUAAUACAUGUAACAAUACUACCAAUAAUAAUAGUUCAGCGAAAAAUAUUGAAGUUGAUUCAAGUGUAAAUAAAUCACCUAAUACUGAAGAAGAUUCAACAAAAAAGACUAUAAACAAUUCACCUGCUGAAGAUGCACAAAUAGUUUCAGCAUCAGUACCACCACCACCACCUCCACCACCUGGAGGCAAUAAUAAUAACGAAUCAGAUGUUCCAUCAUCUAGUGGAGGACCACCUCCACCACCACCACCUCCACCACCACCAGGAAAAAGUUCAGGUGGAGGACCACCACCACCACCACCACCACCACCAAAAGGAGGUAAAGGAGGACCACCACCACCACCACCAAUUGGUGGUAUUGGUAGUAAAGUUGUAAAAGUUAAAGAAGAACAACCAUCAGUACCAAUGAAACAAUUAUUUUGGUCAAAGGUACCAGUUGCAAAGACAAAGAAAACAAUUUGGGAAAAUAAAUCAGAUAAAUUUGAAUUGGAUAAAAUUCAAAUAGAACAAUUAUUUUGUCAAAAGAAACCAGCAAAUGGGAAAGGUUCACCAAAAGAUGGUAUUGAAAAAGAGAAAGAAGAGAAACUUGAAUUAUUAGAUCCAAGAAGAUCCUAUGCUGUUAGUAUUCUUAUUUCAAAGUAUAAAUUAACACCAAUUUGGGUUAUCGAUUGUUUAACUUCAAUGGAUGAUAAAAAAUUAUCAAAAGAUAUGGUUAGGGUUUUACUUCAUAUAGUUGCAACCAAUGAAGAGGAAGAACAAUUUAAAAAGUAUGAAGGUGAUAAAUCUCAACUAUCAGAUGUCGAUCAAUUUAUUAUCGAAACUCUAAAAGUUCCAAAGAUUAGACAACGUUUAGAGUGUAUAGAAUAUAAAAUUCAAUUUGAAUCAACUCUACAAGAAUUGGUAUUAAAUGCUAAAUGUGUUCAACAAGUUUCAACCUCUAUAAUGUCUUCCACUUCAUUUCAUGGUUUAUUACAUUUUAUACUUAGAAUUGGUAAUUAUAUGAAUGCAGGUUCUUCAAGAGGAAAUGCUGAAGGUUUUAAAUUGGGAUUUCUAUUGACCGUUGGUAAUACAAAAUCAUUGGAUAAUAAAACUUCUCUCUUAAAUUAUAUCAUUCAAUUCAUUAGUGAAAAGUAUCCACAGUUUUUAAUUACAAAAUCAACAAUACCACAUUUGGAACAAGCGUCAAGAAUUCUAUGGUCAGAGAUGUUGUCUCAAUUUGAGCAACUUAAAAGUGGUAUGUCAAUGGUUCAAAAAGAAUUGGAGCUACAAAUUAAACAAAUUGGUUCAGAUAAUUUCACUCAUAAGUUUAAGAAAUUCACUUCUUCAAAAGCUGAACAUCUCGAUAGUUUACAAAUAUUUAUCAAACAAGUUGAAGAAACUUAUCAAUCAACAAUAGCUUACUUUUGUGAAGAAAACAUUCAACCAGAAGAAUUCUUUCAAAUUAUUUUCAAUUUCAUUAAUUUGGUAUUGAAAGUUCAUAAAGAGAAUGAAGAUAUUAGAAUUGCUGCAUUACCAAAAUCAAAGAAAUAUCAAGAACAACAAAAUAAACCAACUCAAAAUAAUGAUCAUAGUACUAAAUCAAAAUUAUCAAAUUUACCAUCUUCAAGUAGUAUUAAUGAUGAAAGUUCUUCAUCGGCAUCAUUGUCAUCAUUAUCAACUAAUGUUAAUGCCAAUACUGAAAAUGAUAAUUUGGAAUUAUCAAAACUUGGUUUCUUAUCAAAAUUAAGAAAAAAGAGAUCAAAAUCAGAACAAGAACCUGUGGUGGAGCCAAUUCAAAUCACUCCAAAAGUUGGAUCAGCUGCAUCUGCAGAACCUUCACCAUCCAUAAAGAGUAGAGAUAAGAAAGAAUCAUUUAAGUCUCCAAUUUUCAGAUCUCCAAAAUUCAAGGUAUCUUCAAUUUCACCAAAAUUAAAAGCAACUUUAAAUUCAAUAUCAAAAACUUUAAGAAAACAACAAGUAGAAUCACCAUCACCAAAUAUGUCACCAUUUACUUCAACUGCAAUUAGUGAAAAAGCUUCAAUUUAUGAUAAAAAUAUUAAUAAUAUUCAACCAUCAUCAUCAUCAUCAUCAUCAUCAUCAUCAUCAUCAUCAUCAUCAACAAUAACUGGAAAGAAAUCACACAAUACUGAAUCUGAAAUAAAGAAAGAAUUUAUCUCAAAUUCAUCAAUGGAUAAAGAUAAAGAAAAAAUCAAAGAAAAAGAAAAAGGAACAAUAUCAAAAGGAAAAGCUCUAUUAUUUGGUCAUUCAAGAUCAAAAUCAACAACAACAUCUCCAUCUUCAUCAUCAUCAAAGAAACAAAUCCCAUCAUUAUCAGAAUGUUUACAAGAAUCUAAUAAAACCCAUUCAAGAUCAUCAUCAUAUUCUCCAAAUAGUAAGGUUAAUUCACAAUUAAUGUCAAAUCCUUUUAUUAUGAUGGAACAAAAACAACCAAAAGAUUCUUUACCAAUUGCAAAAGAUUCAAAAGAAAUCCAUAAUAUGGGAACAACAACAACAACAACACCAAUUAAAGUUGAAAAAAUUGUUUCAGUAAAUGAAAAACCAACUAUAGUUACAAUGCAAACUAAACCUAUACCUUUAGUUCCAACAACUACAACCUCAACAACUACAACUACACAAACAACACCACCACCAGUAACAAUAAAUGAAAAAGAAAAAGAAACCCAAUCAAAAGAAGUUAUUACUAAAGAUUUUAGAGAUAUUAAAUUAAAACAAACUGGUAUCAUUGAAGAGGACAGAAAGAUUCAACAAGAAAGACAAAGACAAUUCAAAACAUUCAAUGGUAAAUUAAAUUCAACCAAUAAAUUUAGAACCAGUAGUAGUGCCGUAUUCUCUAGAAAUAAAUCAUUACAAAAUAUAAACUCAACAAAGAAUCCAUCAUCGGUUGGUUUUGGUGAUUUAGAUUUAUUCCAAAAAGAAAAUAUAACCAUAAAUUCAAUUAAACAAAAACUAUUAUUAAAACAAACUCAAAUUAGAUCAACUAGAACUGAUUCAAGCAGAAUUAAAAAAGGUAAAAAUGUUUCUCAAAUUGUUAAACAAGUUGAAAAUGAAUCACCUCUUCCAAAUCCAAAUAAAACUUUAUCAGCAAUCCGUCGUCAUAAUUCAAAUUUAAGUAGAAAAUCUUCAAAAUCUUCAAACAAUUCUUCAACUUCAAGUUUAGAAUCUUUAGUUCAAACCAAUGUUAUUAAUGGUUUAAAUAAUCUUAAAUCAGUAUCAUCAUCCUCCUCAUCCUCAUCAUCAAUGGUAGUUAAUAAAAAUGGUAUUGAUGAUAAUCAACAAAAACAACAAAAACAACAACAACAACAACAACAACAACAACAACAACAACAACAACUACCACAACCACAACAACAACAACAACAACAACAACAACAACAACAACAACAACAACAACAACAACAACAACAACAACAACAACCACAACAACAAUCCACAACAACCACCACUAUUUCAACACAUCAUCCACAAUUAAAACAAGUUCAACCACAAUCACCAUCUUCUUUAUCACAACAACCAACUCAACAAAUAUUGAAACCAGCUCAACCAUCAUCUCCAUUACAAUCACAUUAUAAACCUCAACAAAAACCCCAAACAACAUAUAUUCCAAAACCAAAACCAUAUAUUGCAAAUCCAUUUCCAUCUUCUACCACAUCAACUAAUAGUUCACCAAGUAAUGCUUCUGAUUUAACAGAGGUAAUAAAAUCAACUCAAUCACCAUUUGAAAGAGAACAAACAUUUACCAAACCAACAUUACAACCUGUUAAAUACCCAUCAUCGGCAUCUUCAAACUCUUCUUCAGUUUCUGGUUCAUCUCAAUCCACUCCAUUAUCAGCAGCCAGUUUACAACCAGUUGGAAAUAGAAAUCUCCGUAAACAACAUGUUACUCCACCUUCAUCAUCAAUAUCUAAUUCAACAGCAACAACAAAAUCAAAGAAAGAAGGUAAUAUUAGAUUUGUUGAUCAAGCUUCACCCUCAUCAUCAAGUUUGGAGCAAAGCUCAAAUGCUAGCAACGCUGGAUAUACUUCACCACCAAGAGAAAAUAGUUUUUCAAAUCUAUUUAAAAAACAUAAGAAAUCUCAUUCAAAGAGUAAAUCAACCGAUAAUACUUUAAAUGGUGAAAUAGAAUCUGUUGAUGAAAAUGAAAAAUCAAGAAAGAAACCAAAAACUGUUACAAAGAUUAUUGACUUUUCAAAGAAAUUAUUUUCACAUAAAAAAUCAAAAUCUGUUGAUCAAUCUUCAAAAUCUAAUAACACCAACAACAACAACAACAACAACAACAACAACAACAACAACAACAAUAAUAAUAAUAGUAAUAUAGAUUAUAAUAAUAGUUUAAAUGAUGUUGGAUCAUCAUCUUCUUUUUCUUCUUCUUCUUCUUCACCUACAUCAAACCCUUUUCCAAUUAUCCAACCACCAAACCAAAGUCCUCCGACAAAAAAUAUAAGUUCUGGUAAUAUCAGUAAUAACACUUCAUAUAGUUCCUUGGGAAGUAUGAACGGAAAUAAUUUAGUUGCUUCACCAUCUUCAUCAAUUACCUCAUGCAAACCAUCUCCAGGUGCUGUGUCUUCUACUUCUUCCACUUUAAAAACUCCAGAUUUCUUUGAUCAUAAAAAGGUUCAAACUCCAGAACAACUUGGAAUUAAAAGUACUGAUAUACCAAAGGUAAUAAUUAUACCUCCAAAUUUUUAUCAACAACCUGUAUAA